AUGGCGUCGUCCAAUCAAGACACGAAUCAGUUCAAGGUCCUCAUCGCUGGUGGGAGUCUGGUGGGUCUUGGCCUAGCUGUAGCCUUUGAGCGUGCCGGAAUCGAAUAUGAGCUUUUUGAAAAGGGAGAAUUUGCAACGCAAUUAGGAGCUUCUAUCGGAAUCCAUCCGCAUACCAUCAGGAUUCUAGAGCAGCUGGGGGUAUGGAGUGAUAUUGAGAAACAGGUCGUACCGCUUCAGAGUCGAAACCAUUAUGACGGGGACGGUCAUUGCUUUGAGGAGUCAGAUGUCCUAGUCCACAUCAAUAAAAUUCUUCAACGUCCCAUCAUUUUCAUGGAGCGAUGCAAAGCUUUGGAAGCACUACACAGCCAUGUGCAAGACAAGUCUAAGCUACAUGCUCGAACUGCGGUCGUUGGAUAUGAAGAAACCGCACAGGGGGUUAUCGUCACCACCGAAGAUGGCGAGCAGUACCAUGGCCACAUCCUUAUAGGCGCGGACGGGAUCCACAGCAAAGUGAGGAAGCUGAUGGCCGAGAAAAUCAACGUGGUGGAUCAGUCUCUCGCUAUGGAAAUCAACGAGGCGUUUACAAGCGAGUACAACUGCAUCUUUGGUGUUUCUCGGAAUGAUCCCGAUAAUCAGUUUCUACCUGAUGCGAUGGUCCAUAAUGUGUAUUACGACAAUUACUCUGCAGUUGCAGCUGCUGGUGUGCAUGGGCUUGUGUUUUGGUUCCUUUUCGUCAAGGCUCCCAAACUCACGAGAACUCCCAACUGCCCACGAUUCACGGACGAGGACGCAGAGGCAACGAUCCAAAGGUAUGGAGGUGCCCUUGUAGGCCCUGGGUACACUGUGAAGGAUCUCUGGGAUGCUCGAGUCAAAGGCACAAUGGUACCCCUGGAAGAAGGUGUUAUCAAACAGUGGAGUCAUAACCGGGUGGUUUUAAUGGGUGACUCAGUUCAUAAACCUUCUUCAUCUCGGCAGUCUACAGUCAACCCGGGAUUAGGCGGUAACCUGGCCUAUGAAGGUAUCGCUCGUUUGACGAACGGUCUCGUGCCUUUGCUAAAAGAGAACCCCAUGCCAUCCCUUGAACAGUUGACUGGGGUUUUCAAUCAGUAUAUCAUUGGUCAGAAGCCUCGAGCAGAGGCAGUCGUUGACCUUUCCGGUCAGAUUACGCGAUACGAAGCCCAAGAUACCUGGGCUCUCAAAUUUGCAGCCCGUCACAUCGUUCCCUGGGUUAGUGACAGAGUCAAGGCCAAACUGUAUGCCAGUUUCUCAAGAGGGGGCCCUUAUUUGGAAUAUCUCCCACUACCUGCGGUAGAUGCUGAUCUGGCGAAGCCUGCUAUGAAGCCCAGUCGUGGCAUUUCCCCAAAGCUGAUUACAGUCAUGAUAAUGGGCAGCAGUGCUGCUCUUUUUUGGCAAGUGCAUAACAAGAACCGCUUCCUAUCGGUACUCUCUACAUUCAUGAGACAGUGGAAGUAG